AUAAAAUAAACAGUUUUCUCGUCGAGAACACCUGCUCCACGUACGCACCACCGCCGGCGUCGCCGGCGACAACGACCUCGCACUACACGACGACGACGACGACGACGGCGACCAGAAAAACACGCAGCCCUCGCGGCCCCGCGUGUGUCCACGAAUCCCCGGCUCGGGAUCUCCGUCUCCGUGCCCUCGCCUCGUGUCUCGCGCCCUCUCUGCCGUAUCGGUCAGCGUCACGCGCCACCGUCAAAAGCAAGGCCGGCCAGCCAGCAAGCAAGAAGCAGUAGCCGCCGCCGCCUCCUCUCUUCCGGGAUUCUUGGUGUCCGGUGGUUGGUGCUGCGGGGGGAGAGGAGCAAGAUGGCCGCGGAGUCGCCGUUCCGGCCGGAUAUACUGAAGGGCAAGGCGGCGCUGGUCACCGGCGGCGGCUCCGGCAUCGGGUUCGAGGUCGUCACCCAGCUCGCCCGCCACGGCGCGCACGUGGCCAUCAUGGGGCGCCGCCGGGAGGUCCUCGACAAGGCCGUCGCCGCCCUCCGCUCCCACGGCCUCAGGGCUGUUGGUUAUGAGGGAGAUGUGCGCAAGCAGGAAGAUGCUGCGAGAGUGGUCGCCGCCACGGUGCAGCAUUUUGGCAGGCUUGACAUUCUUGUCAAUGGGGCGGCUGGCAACUUCCUUGCUUCCCCGGAGGAUUUGACGCCCAAGGGAUUCAAGACAGUUCUUGACAUUGACACAGUGGGCACAUACACUAUGUGCUAUGAAGCUCUCAAGUAUCUGAAAAAGGGUGGCCCAGGGAAAGGCCCCUCUACUGGUGGCAUCAUCAUUAACAUAAGCGCUACUUUGCAUUACACUGCAGCCUGGUACCAAAUUCAUGUCUCUGCUGCUAAGGCAGGCGUUGAUAGUAUAACAAGAUCAUUGGCUCUGGAAUGGGGAACAGAUUACGACAUCAGGGUCAAUGGAAUUGCACCAGGGCCAAUUGAAGGCACUCCUGGAAUGAGGAAGCUUGCACCUGAGGAAAUGGGCAAGGGGAGUCGAGAAAUAAUGCCCUUAUUUAAGUUAGGCGAAAAAUGGGACAUAGCAAUGGCCGCACUUUAUCUUACUUCUGAUGCAGGAAAAUAUGUAAAUGGGACUACAGUGGUGGUUGAUGGAGGUCUUUGGUUAAGUCGCCCUCGCCAUAUUCAAAAGGAGGAAGUAAAGGAGCUCUCGAAGGUUGUUGAGAAGAAGGUUAGGACCUCUGGUGUUGGUGUGCCAUCAAGCAAAUUGUGAUGUCCUUUAUGGUUUAGAUCACCCCUAUUUGUCAUGUAGAAUCCUUUCGGAGGGGGAAGUCCUGUAGAGUACUAGAAUCCUUGGAGGUUGCUAUAUCUUGUCAUUAAGCUUUACUGCCUAUCACCUGUAACAUGUUCAACACAUUUACUUUGUUCGCUGAUCGAGUUAAACAUUUACUGAAGUGGUUCUCAUUCAAAUCAUAUCUCUAGUUGUAUUGAAUUGACUUUGAAUCCCAGCCAAAAAGGUGUUCAUUAGUGAAAUUCCCAUGAUAUGUGAAAAAUGUACACUUAAACAAGUUGAACACCAUUUCAUACCUUUGAUA